CACGUUAUUUACUUUGUUUGCUCGCCAUGGAUGUUAUCUUCUCUCUCCCAUGGCCUUUCUUCUUUCCCUUUACGCACAUCCAACAAAGUCUCCGGAAAACCCUAGCCCUAGUUUUAAUUCCAAUGGGUUUCCCAGAUUCGAAACUGCGAGUUUCUGCAACUUAUCCAAGCGGGUUUUCGCUCUCAAGACCGCUGCGAUUUCCAUUGUCUCCCUUAGCCUAGCCUUAAGGUUCCCCCUUGGGAACUCACUCGCUUCUGCUGAAGAGGCGACGGCAAAGAAAUCGAUUCUCUCUGGCAUUUCGAAUACGAAAUCUUGGUUUCAGUUCUUUGGUGAUGGAUUUGCCAUUCGUGUCCCGCCUCAGUUCGAAGAUAUUAUGGAACCAGAGGAUUACAGUGCUGGUUUGUCAUUGUAUGGAGAUAAAGCAAAGCCUAAGACUUAUGCAGCUCGCUUUGCAUCUCCUGAUGGAUCAGAAUUUGUGAGUGUUUUAAUUCGCCCUUCCAAUCAGCUGAAAAUCACAUUCUUAGAGGCUAAAGAUGUCACGGAUCUAGGCUCCUUGAAAGACACAGCAAAACUCUUUGUUCCAGGUAGGGCGGCAUUAUACUCUGCUCGUACAAUAAAAAUCAAAGAAGAAGAAGGAUUCAGGACUUAUUACUACUAUGAGUUUGGCGUUGAUGAACAACAUAUUGCACUAGUAGCUGCUGUCAAUAGCGGGAAGGUAUAUGUUGCUGGUGCUGCUGCCCCACACUCUAAAUGGGAGGAUGAUGGUGUGAAGCUACGUUCAGCUGCUAUAUCAUUCUCAAUUCUGUAGUCAUCCACAAAAAUGUUCGCUAAGAAGGUUUGUCAAUUGAUGGUCUCUUGUUUGUUUAGCCCAACCAGUGCGGAAGGAUGUUAAUCCACCUUCCUUUCUGUUCACUGUGGAAGUAUUUGGAGGAGACUCAAGAGGGCUUUCAAUUCCAGUUUGAGGCACAGGUCUGUACAAGUUUGACAAAGCUUCCACCAUUCGCAGAAGCUGGAGUUUUGAAUCCCAACUCAGCAAAUCCAUAGGUUCUAAAUUCAAGUCCUGGCUCAUUCAGCUUGACCAGGCCUUUUGGCUAAGGCGUCAGGAAUUUUUCCUUGCAAGAAAGCCUGAGUUUGGAUAUGAUUUGUCAAAGAAAUUUGAUGUUAUAUAACUUGCAGAAAACUGAUGCUUUCAUCAUUCUCUUUUGCAUCUUCAAUUGUUCAUUACUGGCAUAAUGCUAGUGUGAAGGAACAAAUGUGAUCGCUACACUUGCCAUCAAUUUGACCUGCUGUAGCCACCAAAUUAAAUAGAGUGGAUCAUUGAUCAUCUGGUUUGGAUCACCUAAA